CUGAAAACGGUAAAGAAAGCAAAAAUAAUUUCUGUGGUUUCGUUGUCGUUCGCUGUUUGAGCAAGUUUUAGCAACUCUAUGUAAAAGAAAUAUUGAUUAGCUUGCAAUUGGAAAUGAAUCCUCUAACAAAUGUGAAAAAUUUACAGAAGAUCAACGAAAAAGAGCUUGAACUAGGUCUUGUGGGAAAGAAAUCCUGGCAUGAUAAAUAUAAAGAAAGUGCUUGGAUUUUUGUUGGUGGAUUACCUUAUGAUUUGACUGAGGGAGAUGUUAUAUGUGUUUUCUCACAGUAUGGAGAAAUUGUUAAUAUCAAUAUAGUAAGAGAUAAAAAGACUGGAAAGAUCAAGGGAUAUGGAUUCCUGUGUUAUGAGGAUCAGAGAAGCACUAUCUUAGCAGUAGACAAUUUAAAUGGAGCAAAGGUGCUUGGAAGGACACUGCGAGUUGACCAUGUGGAGAAUUAUAAGCAGCCUAAGGAGUUUGGAGAUGAGGAUGAUAUUACAAAACAGAUGAGAUCAGAAGGAUGUGCACCCCAGUUACCUCAGUCAGACCAUAGUGAGAAAGAGGAAGACAAUUUUGUCGUACCUAUGAAAAAAGUUAAAAAAGAAAAGAAGUCAAAAAAGAAGAAAAAAGAAAAGAAAAAGAAACAUAAAAAAUCAGAGUCUUCAAGUGACAGUGAUAAUGAAGAAGAUACAGUAAAAAUUAAAAAAGAAAAACAUGAUAUAGAUUAUGAGAAAUCUUAUAACAAGGAACAGAAUAGAGGACCGCAAAAACAUUCUUUAGACAAUGAUUCAAAAAAAUCUAACAGAGAUUUUGAGACAUAUGGAAAUAGGUAUAACAAUAGAUAUGAAUCUAAAGACAAAUACCACUCAGACUUUCAAAAUGGCUCUAACAGAAAUAAUCCAGGUAGAUAUAGUGAGAAUGAUAGUAAUUACAAUAACAAACAGUCGUAUAACAGGGGAGACAAUUCUAGAGACUAUAGAAGAGAUAGGAGCAGGUCUCCAAAUAACAGAUCGUUUAAUAAAGGAAGAGACAUAAGUAAUUCACCACCAAGGAGACCAGCAAGGUCAAGAGACAAAAGUAAUUCUCCACCAAGGAGACCAGAAAGGUCAAGAGACAAAAGUAAUUCUCCACCAAGGAGACCAGAAAGGUCAAGAGACAUAAGUAAUUCUCCACCAAGGAGAAGAGAAAGGCCAAGAGACAGAAGUAAUUCACCACCAAGGAGACAAGAAAGGUCAAGGGACAGGAGUUAUUCUCCACCAAGGAGACAAGAAAGGUCAAGGGACAUAAGUAAUUCAUCACCAAGGAGACGAGAAAGGUCAAGAGAUAGAUAAUUGUAAACAUAGUAAAAAUAUUUUAUUGAGUAUUUCAUCAUCAAUUUAUCAAAUAAAUUUUAGUCAUA